AAAGACAGACGACUGUCCAUAGCCAAAUCAAUUUCCUGGAUUGUGUGUGUAUGUGUGUGUAUGUGUGUGAAUUUGGGGUUUUAGAGUGUAUUAUUAGGUAUUAAAUGCAUUAUAAAUAAAUAUUAGUGUAUAAUAGAGUGUAAUAUCAGCAGACAGUGUAGGUGUGUGUGUUGAGAUGGGCUCGGUGUGAUCAGCUGUCCGUGGUACAGCAGGAAACCUCAGAAAUAGAUUAAUAAUAAUAAAUCUGCAGUAGUGUGUAGUAGUGUACUCGGGGUGUAGUUGUGUAGUUGUUGUGUUUGUGUACUCGGGGUGUAGUUGUGUAGUUGUUGUGUUUGUGUACUCGGGGUGUAGUUGUGUAGUUGUUGUGUUUGUGUACUCGGGGUGUAGUUGUGUAGUUGUUGUGUUUGUGUACUCGGGGGUGAUGGCGGCGGCUGAACUGCUGUCUGAUCUGGACAGUCGCUUUUUCGCGGAUAAUCUUCUGACGAGUGAAGACUGGGAUGCCUGUCUGUAUCAGUGUGAGAGCAUGGAGGAGGGUGAGGAGCGCCUGAAAUAUGACCCACUGCUCGACAAUGACCUGGUGCUGACCCUUGACCCAGACAACCCCAUGGCACCUUGGAAACACCUGGAGAACAAACUGCUAGAAGGUGACAUGACAGUUAUGAAAGACGAGAUGACAAUAGCGCAGCCUCUCCCUGUCGACAUGCUGUUCCAAGUGAAGGCCGAGCCUCCGUCUCCUUCAUCCUCUCCAGCCUCCGACUGCUCUUUAUUGUCCUUACCUGAAGCUCAGUUUCAGGUGAAAGGUGAGAAUCCUCCCACGCCUCCUUACAUGUACGGAGAUGUCCUCUCACCCCCGGUGGGAGCCAUGGAAGUUACCGUGGCAACCACAGUCCCGCCCCCUCACCAAGCUACAUCUACACUUCCUGUUCCCACUGUAGCACAGACCACGGUCAACACUGGAUCUAUUCUCAGCAGUAAACCUGUGCUCCAGCCCCGGCCAGUGUGUGUGGCCGCUAAAACUCUGAUCCUGCAGGGAACACCACCAGUGGUUCUGUCCCCAUCGGUGUGUUUGGGUUCUGCUCCAGCCAUCGUUAAAAUGGAGCCCGUGUCUCCCAGCAUGCACUGCACCAGCCCUACGGCCCCGCCUACCACCAAGCCCAUCAUCCCAGCAUCCUCUCUGCCUGGAAGCAACUGCAGCGACAUCGAUAUGAAGGUGCUGAAGCGUCAGCAGAGGAUGAUAAAGAACCGAGAGUCCGCAUGUCAGAGCCGCAAGAAGAAGAAGGAGUACGUACAGAACCUGGAGGCUCAGCUAAGAGAGGCACAGCAGGAGAACGAACACCUGCGCCGGGAGAACCAGGCCCUGAGGAUCAGACUCGCCUCCAAAGAGGGUGCAGAAUCAGGCAGCAGUAAGAGAGCAGUGUGUGUGAUGGUCCUCCUGCUCUUCAUCACCUUCAGCUUCGCUCCAGUCAGCAUCACCGACAGGAAGUUACCGUCUGCGCUGGAGGAAGGGGAGGAGCUUCAUCCGGGGAGACGCCUGCUGGUGUACGACCCAGGUCAGGUGGUGGACGACAGAGUGGUGGAGGACAGGCUGGACAGCGAGGAGGACACGGGAGAGGACAGCUGGAGGAGAGGAGAGAUGGACAGAGACAACUCUGACACCUUUCACUUCAGGAACGUCAGCAGUGUGUUUAGUGAGGUGAAGGAUCUCGUCCUGCAGGACAUCGACCGCCUCUUCUCCUCCUCCGACUGCAGACAGUUCAAUCGCUCCGAGUCUCUCAGGUUGGCAGAUGAGCUGCGUGGUUGGGUUCAUCGCCAUCAGAUUAACCGGAAGAAGUCGAACCGUAAACCCAAGAUCGCUCAGAAGGCAAAAAUAGCACAGAAAGCUCAACACCGGAAGACCAACUUCUCACGCUAUCUCCCCAUCGAGACGCACCGAUCUAUUGAGAGUCAGCUACAGCUUUUACCCGGACCUGAGGUGAGCUACAGCGACUUCCUGGAUGCCAUCGAUCGGCGUGAGGACACGUUUUACGUCGUCUCCUUCAGACGGGAUCAUCUGCUUCUUCCUGCCAUCAGUCACAACAAAACUACACGCCCCAAAAUGUCCCUUGUUAUGCCUGCCAUGGCCGUCAACGAGUCGGUCUAUAACUCAUCUAAGGGUGGAUACGAGCUCAUGAUGCAGGUGGACUGUGAGGUCAUGGACACCAGAAUCAUCCCCAUCAAAUCUUCUGUGGUCCCGCCCUCGCUCAGAGACACACCCCCCAACCCGCCCUCACACCACAAUCACCAUGGCAACCACACACGGCAAACGAGCGGGGGCGGGGCGGCGGCAACCAGGCAGCCCCUGCCAGUCAGGAGGAGGGGGGCGGAGCUUUUAAUCACACAAUCAGGGUCCUAAUGAAACUUAGACAAAUGGAAACACGUCGGAGCAAACACACACACACACACACACACACACACACACACACAAAACAGUAGUGGUUUUCGCCCAACUCCUGCAAUUCUGCUCCCGAUGUUAAAACUGUCCAAACCUCGGAGAUGAAGCUCAGUAACUUCUAAAUGCUUCUAAAAACUUUAAAGUUACACUCGUUUCUAUGGCAACACUGACACUGAUGUUUUUGCAAGAUCUAUUGCUCCCCAAACUCUCAGGAUUGUUAUAUUACGGGGUCGACAAACUCCGAGAGUUCCACAAUACUGAGCACCAAAAUCCCAGAAUGCCACACUGUGUCUACAACCUCUCAGAAUUCUGAAAUACAGGACUCAAACUCCCAGAAUUCAGCAGUACAGGUCCUCCAACUCCGAGAAUUCAGCAGUACGGGUCCUCAAACUCCCAGAAUCAGCAGUACAGGUCCUCCAACUCCGAGAAUUCAGCAGUACGGGUCCUCAAACUCCCAGAAUUCAGCAGUACGGGUCCCCAAACUCCCAGAAUUCAGCAGUACAGGUCCUCCAACUCCGAGAAUUCAGCAGUACGGGUCCCCAAACUCCCAGAAUUCAGCAGUACGGGUCCCCAAACUCCCAGAAUUCAGCAGUACGGGUCCCCAAACUCCCAGAAUUCAGCAGUACGGGUCCCUAAGCUCACAGAUUCUGUAGUACAGGUCCUCCAACUCCCAGAAUUCAGCAGUACGGGUCCCCAAACUCCCAGAAUUCAGCAGCGCAGGUCCCCAAACUCCAAAUAUUCCGGCAUAGAGCCCAGCAAAAUCCCACAAUCCUGCUGUACAGGUUUUGGAGUUUUGUAAAUGGGAAUUCAGUGAAAGUCUAAACAUCCCCGUAUCCCCACGUGUUGCUCCCUGAACUCAGAAUUCCGAUAUAACCGAUUCUGUGAAUAUAACCAGUAUCCUGUCAUUAUGCCCUAUUGGUCUGCAAAUUCCCAGAAUUCCCUUCAUGUCAACAAAAUCCCGUUAUUUUUCAGUAUGGGUCAGUAAACUUCUAGAAUUCCCUUGAAUAAGGCAUCAAAUUUCCAGAAUUCCUGUGAGAUAUUGAGGAACGUGUCGUAUAUUUGUUUAUUUAUUUUUUGCGAUGCCAGUCACUGUCACGUGUUUGUUUUGUUUGUGUACGUGUUUGAGUUGAGAAUCGUAUCUGUUUAUAUUUAAAUGAGAAUUUUGCGAUUGGUGCGAAUGUCAGGAAAGAAGUGAAGCUCGGAAGCGUGUGGUGAACGUGUGCGUGCGCUCGCUACAGUGCGCUCUGAAACCGUAACGUAACCACUAUUACCGCCGACUCGGCCUGCGAUAGGGUGUGUGUGGGCGGAGCCAAGCAGGCAGGAAGUGACAUCACCGCUGCGCGGGAAAGCUGAAGCAAACCUUGUUAUGGAGGGCGUGUUGAACUGUAAUAUAGUGUAAAUUCAAAUGUUUUUUAUUGGAUAGAUUUGCAGCUGCGAGAGAAUUCCCGACUUUAUCUGUUCAUUACGACGUCAUGCGCUUGUAUAUAACGCUAACGAGUGAUCACGUGCACUCUUACACUCGUUCUUAACGUCACGUUUGAUUUUUUCUUUUCUUUAUUUUGCGUGUUUUCUUUUUUUUCCCCAUCUAAAACAGGAACCGACAUUUACACUAUAUGGGCCAGAAGUAUGUGGACACCUGAGCAUGAGCUCUUUUUAAACAUCCUAUUCCUCAUUUAGUCUCCAUUCACUGUUCUCAUGAGCUCCACUCUUCUGGGAAGAUGUUCCACUAGAUGAUUGUGGAGAUUUAUUCAGCUACAGGGGUGUUAGUAAAGUCAGGGAGUGAUGAAGGUGAGACUGUGAGAAGGUCUGAGGUGCAGACCUUUACAUUCACAUUCAUCCCAAAGGUGUUCAAUAGUGUUGGAGAUCUAUAGCAGGAGAUCUUCCACUCCAAUCCAUGGAAGGCUGAUCUUCAUGGAGCUGGCUUUGUGCACAGGGGGCAUCGUCAUGCUGGAACAUUUUUUGAAUCUCCUAAUUCAAGCGAAGGAAAAAAUUGAUCCAAAGCUGUCCUACACGAUUGUGUGUAAAACUUUGUGUAACAGUUUGGAGAAGAAGCACAUCUGGAUGAAUACGGUGUGUGUGGUAUAGUGGAAAGCUCCCAGUUGUUAAUGGUCUCUUAUCGUACAACAUUCCAUUCAGACUCCUCGCAUGAACACGUUCAGAUGGUUUUCUAAAUGCUGAUGUAAAUACGCUUUUCACAUUGUUUUGUAAUAAUUUAUCAAAUGAAUCAGAAGCUGAGAUUUUCUCAGUCACUUCUCAAUCACUGCUCCUUUCAGACCCACAGGAACCUGCAGAACCCAUCAAUAAACCAUCAUCUAAUUAA